AUGGUAUACCUGCGGAUCACCCUCAAUGCCCGCACCCUCGGCUCUCUUGGCCGUCUAGAAGAACUUGGUGCAAAUGCAGAAUCACAUGGCAUUGAUAUAAUAGCUGUCCAAGAACACCGAUUUUACCACCCUGACAACAUCCUCAAAUACCAUCAAGUCGGUUCUUAUCAACUUGUAACCUCCUCAGCAUCAAAGAAUACUGUUAAUUCAACAGUUGGAGGUAUCGGAUUUCUACUUUCAUCAAAGGCUAGUGAUACUCUCUUGAGUAUAGAGUCAAUCUCACCUAGAAUUAUGGUGCUUGAGAUAGAUGGAAACCCAAAAACAACAUUGGUAUGUGUGUAUAGCCCACAUAAUUCGUCUGUGGCAGACGAAAUUGAAAAUUUCUAUACAACCCUUCGUUCAACCAUUGAGCAAGUACCUCUCCAUAAUUUUCUGGUUAUAGCUGGUGAUCUGAAUGCUAGACUAGGAUCUGAUGAGACCAAGUUUACUUUCAACUCUAAAACCAAUCGGAACGGAGAAAUGCUCAAAGACUUCUUGGAGGAAUUUAAUCUCUACACCUCCAACAAUUCUUUUAUGAAACCAAAAGGUCAACUUUGGACAUUUGAGUCCCCACUUGGUGAUAGGGCACAAAUUGACUACCUCAUCUUUCGAAAGAAAUGGCGCAAUAGUGUUAAGGACUUGAGAUCCUACUCUUCCUUUAGUUCUGUCGGCUCUGACCACAGAAUUGUAUCAGCUACCGUUAAGCUUAGUCUUCGCUCAUCCAAAAAAACUAAGCCUCACCCGAUCAAAAUGAUCGACUGGGAGGAAGUCUUAUCUAACCCCGAUAUGUCCAAACAAUUUACUAUUGAGGUCUAUAACAAAUUUCAAUCUCUGUCUACUUCUGAAAUAGAUGCUGAGAACAUUGAGGAAAUGAAGGAAAUGUGCAUUACUGAAGCUGAAAAGGAUUUACCCACACACUUCUUUGCACAUUCCUGGAAACGGUCUUGUAUUGGUAGCAAGUUUGAUAGCUUCCAGAUUGUUAUCAAUACAAACCAUUCUCUCGAGGAAGCCUAUCCUACAGAAAAAGCUUUUCAGCAUUUGAGACACAAUCUGUUGGUCAAACAUCAUUUCUUCUGUGCUGUUGCCACAGUCCUCCCAUUAAUACUGUAA